AUGGAGAAGUCUACGUUGGCCACGGACACCAUCCGUCCGGAUGCUACGAAGCUCGAUGAUUACGACGCGGAUCCCAAGGAGGAGCUCCAGCUCAAUGUCGGCGGUCGCGGUGCCACCCAGCGCCGUCUGCGGAACUACCAGGUCACCAUGAUCGGCUUCUGCAGUGGUAUUGGCACUGGUCUGUUCGUCGGUACAGGCUCCGCCUACGCCAAGGCUGGUCCUGCCGGCCUGCUGUUGGCGUAUAUCAUUGUCGGUAUGGUGCUGUGGUGCGUCAUGCAAAGUAUUGCGGAACUGGCAACACUCUUCCCUACCGCCGGGUCGUUCCCUCACUGGGCGACGCGCUUCGUCGAUCCGGCUGUGGGCUUCUCGCUGGCUAUCUCUUACGGUUACUGUUAUACGAUCGCUAUUGCCUCAGAAACAUCGGCGGCGGCCAUCAUUGUGUCUUAUUGGACAGAUAUGACGCCAGCCGUCGUCAUCACGGUUGGCUUAAUACUAAUCCUAAUCAUCAACCUGAUGAGUGUGCGAUUCUACGGUGAAACGGAAGUCAUCGGAGGUGCCGUCAAGGUCCUAUGCUUUCUGGGAUUGGUGGUCACGUCUAUUGUCAUCACAUCUGGCGGCGGCCCGAACCAUGAAACCAUCGGCUUCCGCUACUGGCACAAUCCCGGCCCAUGGACGAACUACAACGGCGUCACCGGCCCAACUGGCCAUUUCCUCGGCUUCCUGUCCUCGUUCGUCAAUGCUUCGUUCAGCUUCAUUGGUGUCGAGACCGUCGUCAUUACUGCUGCCGAGUCGGUCGACCCCCACCGCGCUAUCCCCAAGGCUGCCCGCCGCGUCACCUACCGCAUUGGAUUCUUCUAUGUUCUUGGUGCACUUCUCAUUGGCAUCAUUGUGGACCCCAGGGACCCUUCGCUCACUUCUGGCUCCGGCAAUGCGAACAGCUCGCCAUUCGUUAUUGCGAUCAAGGAAGCUGGCAUCAAUGUGCUGCCGUCGAUUGUGAAUGCUUGUAUUCUCAUUGCCGCCUGGUCUGCUGGCAAUUCAUACUGCUGGGUUGGAUCGCGCAUGAUUGUGGCUAUGACAACGGAUCACCAGCUGCCCCAAAUCUUUGGCCGCGUAAACAGGUACGGAGUUCCGUAUAUCGCUGUCGUCGCGGCCUGGCUCUUUGGACCAUUGGCCUAUCUGAGUCUUGGAAGUGGUGGUGCGGCACAGGCCUUUACCUGGCUUCUUAACCUCAGUACCGUUGCGGGCUUAAUCGCGUGGGCCACUCUCUCCUUCUGCUACAUCCGUUUCCACGCUGCGAUGAAGGCACAGGGUGUGUCUCGGGACUCGCUUCCUUGGAAGGGGCCCUUCCAGCCAUAUGCCGCCUGGGUUGGCUUCAUUGGCGCUACCAUUAUUACUCUGGUUGCCGGCUUCCCUGUCUUCUUGAAGGGCAACUGGAAUACAUCCAACUUUAUUGCAUCAUACAUCGGCAUUCCUCUUUUCAUUGUGCCGAUCAUCGGCUGGAAGCUUUGGUUCCGCACGAAGUUUCAGCGCAGUGCUACCAUUGACCUCUGGUCAGGCCGUCUCCAAGAUGGAGAAAUCAUGCCCCAAAAGAACCCACGCAACACCCUUUGGGGGCGUUUCAUCGACUGGCUCGUGUAA